AUGCCCAAACGCAAGGACAACGCACCCAAGACGCGUGGCGCAUACAACCAGACCGUGUGGACCCAGGCCACGACCGGCCUCAAGCGCGGCUUCAAGCACAUGCGCCAUGUCCCAGGCGACUUUGUGCAGCUCGGCGGCGAGUUUGUGCUUGUACCGGGAUACAAGGCCGAGUUUACGCACCGGAUGAGCACGCCUGCGAACCACAUGGAGUUUAUCGACGUCCUUCGGCAUGCCGGGAUCCCCGAUCAGGCGUUUGAAGCAGCGGCCAAGGCGGCGAUCAUGCCUGCGCGUAUUCCGAGCAUGGCGUCCACGACCGCCAGCAUGGGGGCGAGCACGCUCGAUCGCGCGCUCGAGCAAAUCGAGGCCGAGCGCGACGAGGACAGUCGCACGAGCUGCGCGAUGCCCGACCUCGACGACGACGACGAGUCAGACGCCGAGACCGAGACCGAGGAGAACGAGCACGAGCUCAACCGCCGCUUCGAGGAGGCAAUGGCCCACGAGCAGGCCCUCGCGGCCAAGCAGGCGCGCAUGGGCGCGGGCGCUCCCCGCUCCCCCCCACCCCAGCCAGCCGCGCCAGCCGCGCGGGCGUCGCAGGUCGGCCUCGCGCUGUGA